GAAGACAUCGAGGGAAUGCUGGCAGAAUUCAUCGUUCAACACCCACCACCAGAGACCUCUAACCUCGGAAGCGAGAGGCCCGGUCUACCAAUGCCAGUCAUACUUCCUCAACGUCGGCCCGAGUCUCGACACCGCGGUUUCGUGCGGGCUUACGCCCCGGUCCUACAAGAAUGCGGCAUAGAUCAAGCCACCUGGCUCGAGUUCCUUGACGGCUUCGAGAACAGCAUCAAAGGAAGUCCGUGGUUCGGGGUCGUGAACGCCGGCGUCAUGGGUGCAGAUCUCGCUCACACAAUCGUUGGUGGAUUUGCGCCCAUCACCAUGCUUGUGACGCUCUCAGUGCAGACGGGGCUUGAGGCAUCGCGCAGGGGCUACGUCAACUACAAGCAAAACAACUACCUAGAAGUCAUGAACGAAAACUCUUUCAAACCUCGUGGCUUGUAUACUCUUAUUGUAAAGUACAAGCCGUCUAGCAGCGAAGUCGUGGAGAACAUCGAUCUGGAUCACAAUAUCACCCAGGCCGUAGAAGGCAGCGAGAAACAGAGCAAGUGGAAGAAGCUACUGCACUCGGGUUCGAGUACAACAAAGAGCGAGGCUGAGAUCCCCGAGCCAGCGCCGCUCGUCUUUCCUCAACUCGACGAGAUGGAUGAGGGGCAAAAGCAAAACAUGGUGAAGAAGUUCGGAGACUCCAUCUCAAAGUACUACGAUCGAAAGGCUACAGACAGAUUUAAGAAAGAAAAUCCUGAUUCGAAGCUC